UUAAUUUGCAUCACGUGUCUCCGGUUUAAAAACUCUUUUACGUCAUUCUUGGUAUAAAAACCUGCUCCUCGCGGUCCCUCUACACCAAGCAACACUCGGAACUUGGGAACGAAACAACGCACAACAUGGCCAAUAUGCUCAUACCGUCCAUUGUCCUCCUUAUGUCUUUGGCAGUUGUACAUUGUGGAAAUCCAACGUGCGAUACGAAUUCUUGUGCACCCGAAAAAUGCAAAUGGACAUGUAAAGACGAGAGCGGAAAACCAGUAGCCGAAUUCAUUGACGACGUUUGUGAUGCUGGUGAUGAAAAAUGUGGAAAAGACGCAGCAGGCGAAUGCAAAUCUGAAUGUGAAUCGGUCCCUGCGCCAGAGGUUACAACGACAGUAGCACCAGGAAAUACGGCUGACAACGGAAGUGUUAAACUUGGAUUAUCUACAAUUGUACUGGUAUUUGGUGUCCUAACCAGGAUGUUUCUACAGUACUGAUUGGUGAAUGUGAAUACAAGUUGUGAUCCUGAUGAAAAAAAGAAUUUGUUUAUCAAAGACAAUGACGGAUGACAUUUUACUGACUUAACACAAUCUACGUUUGCUUGGUCGUUUAAACACUUUAUAUAUUUGUACUUUAUGAGUUAUUCUUAGAUGUAAUCGAUUCACAACUAACUUUCAACGCAUGCUUUGAAGCACGUUGCUUUUUUAGUAAUGGCUGAGCUGCAAUAUUUAUUCUGUUGUUUCUAUUUUCUUGUAUAUUCUAUUUAUAUCAACUAAAGAACAAAUAAUAUCG